AAGGCCGGUUGGCUCAUCUUCUCCAUGCUGGUCGUCCCGUCGUCAAUCCAGAGCGAGACGCUAGGCCACCACUCCCCUGCUCGCGCUGCUCUGCCUCUGCCAUGGCUUCCCUCUCCACGCUCACCGUUUUCUUUGGCUUCUACGUCGUCUUCUGCUGCCUCGACCUCCUCGAAGAAGCCGCCGCCAUGACCCGGACCGCGCAGAGCGCCGGCCUCCCGUGCCUCGCCGCGGCCGCUCUCGCCCCGGCCGUUCUGGCCACCCUCGCGCUCACGCCGCCGCUCCAGUACGCGCACGUCCGGGAGCUCGGCCGCGCCGACGCCGGGGCCGGGGCCCGUCUCGUCGCGCGCCUGCUUGCCAGGGCAACCCUUCUGGUGGCGGUGGUCGCCAUCCUCUCUGCCGCCGCGGUGCGGCAUGGCGGCGCAGGUGGGGUUCUCGACCUCGGCGGCGCGGAUGACGUCGGGUGGCUCAAGGAGUAAGAACCGAUCGUUCCGGCUAGCAUGUAUAGUGUUUGCGCCCAGCCGGUGAAAGAGGGUGUUUUCCCCGGCCCACUCGAUAAAGUGCGGGGUGAUCGAACUGCUGCUCGAUCUGUGCUAACUAGUUCACCGUUCGUUCAACUACGGUGUCUCUGCUCACCGGAUCAUUGAUCCUGUUGUUAAGUCUUUCAGUUAUGUUCUUGUAUGCUACAGCUGCUGCUCUUCAUACAGUGAGGUGUUUCAUCAUUUUCCUAUUGAGCCCCCCCUGAACGAGAAGCUGGAAAAAUUGGACUGAUGGCCACGAUACGACUGAAUUUGGUACAGUCGUGGCCAAACACUGCGAAAGCAUAAAUGGAUUCCUCCUGAUUGUUUUUUCUCCUUAAGUAGCUACUAUAGGCUAAGUUCUUUUCGCUUUUCUUUGGUAAAAGCUUCUUUCCUCUUUUCAAUACUUAU